AUGGUGGUAGACACCCAGGACGAGAUGAUCGUCCAACCGACCCUAAGCGAGAAGGAUCAAGUCACAGAGAUCAAUCCAGAACAACUGGACAACGAUGCUGAGAAUCUCGAGAGCGCUAUCUUAGCUACCGAUUUUGAGGCUAUGAAAGAAAUAGUGCUGCCACCUCUCCUAGACGAGCCUAAGAUUUUAGAAGAUGUCGUCAAUACAUGGACCGUACAAAACUGGAGGGCCCUCUCCAAGAAGGAGCAUGGCCCCGUAUUUGAAGCCGGUGGACACCCAUGGCGAAUUCUCCUCUUUCCGUUUGGAAAUGGCGUUGACCAGUCUUCAGUAUAUCUUGAGCAUGGCUUCCCAGAUGCCAAUAGUAUACCUGAGGACUGGAGCUGCUGUGUACAGUUCGGGCUGGUCAUGUGGAAUAUUAAUGACCCAUCCCUCUUCUACCAUCACACAGCCCAUCACCGCUUUACAAAGGAGGAGAGUGAUUGGGGUUUUACGCGGUUCCUCGAGUUAAGGAAAAUGUUCCAGCAACCAUGGGAUAAUUCUGGCCGCCCGCUCGUCGAGAACGACUCCGUCAAUAUCACCGCCUACGUCAGAGUGGUCGAAGAUGAGACUGGUGUGUUAUGGCACAACUUCAAUAACUACGAUUCUAAGAAGGAAACCGGGUAUGUUGGUCUAAAGAACCAGGGUGCCACAUGCUACCUUAAUUCGCUAUUACAGUCGCUAUUCUUCACAAAUGCUUUUCGAAAGGCCGUUUACGAAAUCCCGACGGCGGAAGACGAGAGCAUAACUAAUAGCGCUUACGCCCUCCAGAGACUAUUUUAUCAGCUCCAAAUUUCAAAUCAGGCCGUGAGUACCAACGAGCUAACGAAAUCGUUCGGCUGGGACACACGACAUAUCUUUGAGCAACAAGAUGUGCAGGAACUCUCCCGCAAGCUAAUUGAACGUAUGGAGGAGAGGAUGAAGGGCACUGCAGCGGAAGACGCUCUUCCACGUAUGCUCAGCGGCAAGAUAAAAACGUACGUUUCCUGCAUUGACGUUGAAUAUGAAUCCAGCCGAGUCGAAGACUUCUGGGAUAUCCAACUCAACGUUCGGGGAAUACCAAAUCUCGAGGAGAGUUUCAGAGAUUAUAUUCAACAGGAGACUCUUGAUGGCGACAACAAGUAUUGGGCAGGCGACGAAUUCAAAUAUCAGGACGCUCGUAAGGGUGUAAUAUUUAAGAGCUUUCCCGAAGUAUUACAUCUCCAUUUAAAGCGGUUCGAGUACGAUAUCCAACGCGAUACGAUGAUGAAGAUCAACGACCGUUUCGAAUUCCCCGAGGUUCUAGACCUGAAACCUUACCUUGACCAGGAUGCGGACAAGUCCGAACCGUGGGUAUAUAAACUGCAUGGUGUCCUGGUGCACAGUGGUGAUUUGAAUGCGGGUCACUACUAUGCCUAUCUUAAGCCCAACAAGGACGGCUGGUUCUACAAGUUCGACGACGACAAAGUCACAAAGGCCACCAUCCGAGAGACACUGGAGGAGAAUUUCGGGGGUGAAUACCCAGCCUCUUUUUUACAGUCUCGCACAGGCCUCCAAAAGAAGUCUCCGAUUAUGCGUCAGAUGAGUGCGUAUAUGUUGGUCUAUAUCCGAGAGUCUCGGCUGGAUCAAGUUUUGACGCCAGUCAAGAACGAAGAUUGCCCGCCACAUCUCCAAAAACGUCUGGAUGAGGAGGCGGCUGCACGUGAGGCCAAGAGAAGAGAACGUGAAGAGCAACAUCUUUAUGUUCCUAUUAAAAUUGUUACGGAAGAAACGUUCAAGCAUCACGGUUCCACCGACCUUGCAAACUUCGACUCUGACCCUGCCGAAGAUCCAGCAGCCCCUAGGUUUUACAACCUCAAAAGAAGCCUUCGCGUCGAAGAUUUUAUUGCAGAUGAGUUUGCCAAGAAAAACGGAUUAGAUCCCAAGAGAAUUCGCUUGUGGGUUAUGGUAAAUCGCCAGAAUAAGACCACCAGACCUGAUCAGCCGAUUAUGAACGUGUCGGUGCAACUAGGCGAUAUUUGCAAGCAAAUGGUCACGACAAAUAGAGAUUCUGCCUUGAAACUGUGGGCGGAAGUUGCAGAAGAGGUUGAUGCUGAAGGACAAGCUAUUUGGCCCACAUAUCAGGGCAAUGCCAACGAUGUGGUCGUUAAGAACGACUUGAUUCUUCUCUUCUUGAAGCACUUCGACGCUGAGAGGCAAGUUCUCGAAGGAGUAGGUCAUAUCUAUGUAAGCAAGGAGAAGAAAGUUGAAGAUCUAGUGCCCGUGAUCGCCAAGAAGAUGGGCUGGGGCGACAAGUUACCCUCGGGAGAACAGCUGUCUAUGUGGGAGGAGAUUAAGCCGGCAAUGAUCGAGAGUCUUAAGGCGAAACAAACCUUGAAAGCUGCUGAGCUCCAGGACGGCGAUAUCGUAUGCUUCCAGAGAAUCGCCGAGCGGAAAUCGGGCGAACUUCUCGGGAAGAUCCCUCGUCUUGGAGAUAAGAACUCGGAAGAGACGCCUAAACGAUGGGACCGAUAUGAUGAUGCCAAGGGAUUUUACGACUUCCUCUGCAACAAGCGAGAAGUUCGCUUCGAUCCUCACCCUCGCUGCGAGAAAACUGAUUAUAAGAGCUUUAUUCUUACACUAAGCACGAAAAUUACUUACGAUCAACUUUCGGAGAGAGUAGGCGAAGAGUUAGGUGUAGAUCCUACUCAUAUCCGCUUCUUCACUGCCAACGCUUCCACAGGAAGUCCCAAGGCGGCAGUCAGGAGGGCUGUCAGCCAAAACCUCGGUACCAUACUGAAUCCAAAUAACUACACUCAACAGACGAUGCAGACCAAGCCCAAUUCUCUCUUCUUCGAAGUUCUAGAUAUGAGUCUUGCAGAACUAGAUACGAAAAAGAAUGUUAAGGUGACUUGGUUGAGUGAAGGCAUGACGAAGGCCGAAACAUUUGACGUCUUGGUAAAUAAGCAAGGGCAUAUUGAAGAUCUUGUGCAGGCCUUCGUAAAGAAGGCGCAGAUCAAGGAUGAACGCGAGGGUGGUCGAAUUCGGGUCUACGAAAUUCAUCACCACAAAUUUCACCGGGAACUCGUGCCUAACUAUCCAGUUCUUAGUAUUAAUGAUUACACCGACGUGAUAGCGGAACGAAUUCCGGAAGAGGAAGUGGACGCUGACGAAAGAGAUUUUAUUAAGGUCAUUCAUUUCCAGAAUGACGCUAGUCGGGUCCACGGAAUCCCUUUCAAAUUCCUCCUCAAAGAGGGUGAACCAUUCUCCGAGACAAAGAAGCGACUAGAGAACCGAACGGGCAUCAAGGGCAAGGCUUUCGAAAAGAUCAAAUUCGCAAUAGUGCGACGAUUCCAGAAGCCGGCUUAUAUCAACGACGAGGAUGUGCUUUUCGAUGAAGGAGGCACGAUAGAAGACGACGUCGUGCUUGGGCUAGACCACCUGGAUCGUUCAAGAACAACGCGGAAUGGGGGAGAAAUGUUCCUCAAGUAGAUUCUCCUACAUAUUUCAUCGAAGCCUGCUAUGAGGAGCGAGAAUGUGCUCCCUGUGUCCCCUUGAGGGCCAGCUAAGUAUCACGGAAGGAACUCGUUGAGGAUCCCGGCCGAUGACUGAUAACCGACGACCCGGACAUACCUUUUGUAUUAAGUAGGUACCUGUUAUUGGGUUUCUGCGACGUUUUCCUCUCAUCCUCGAAGACAUGCAGGAGGUUCAAAGCAUGCAUCGAGCAAAGCAAAGAGGGAUCAGCCGGGGGGCAAAGGUCAAUUGGACCUCUUAGUACAGCAUGGUUAGUCGGACAAGAUAAUACGGAAGGGUAGUCACACAGAAACAUGUCCGGGGUAAAUCGGAUAAGGUUUUGGGGCAAGUUGGGCGUCUUCUCAUGGAGUAGCACGACAGUGGCAAAACUGACGGUAGGCUUUUGACCUGGGCAUUGAAUUCGUGGAUCUAGAUACGAAAAGACCCCAGGGUCCGGGCAAAGUUAGGGCCUGCUCUACAUACAACUGAGUUCAAUCCUUUGCAGGGCAUGCAUGAAUAGAAUUGUUGUAUAGAAAAUUUAC